GAGAAAUCAGUGGUCGAGCGCCUGCCCAGCUCAAAUGCCACCCGGCUCAGAGGGAGGCCUGCGGCCCAGGGAUCCCGGAGGGAGAGCAACGUCACACCUCCUGAGGACAGCCAGUACUCUGGCUUUUGCUGAGCUUUGCAUCUUGCCUCCUUCCUUCCAAAGGCUCCAGACCCACGCUCCCUCGGCUGUCCUCGAGUUCCGCAUGCCCCUGGCCAGGCAGCCCACUGCCCCUCCAGCCCGGCCCAGCCCUAGAGCUCACCUCCAGGACCCGGAGUCUGCCCUCCUGCCCAGAAUGACUCACCAUUAUUUCUAGCUCAAGUGAGAAGCCGUGAUGGGGAGCUGGGCUGCCUGUAUGUGUAUCUAGGAUUCCUGCAGCGUCGGAUCAGCUCUGCAAGGCCUGGCCAGCCCAGCGAGGCUGUCUGUCCAGCUCUCAGGGAGCUCUCGGUGCUCUCCUGCAGGAGCCCGGGCCAAUGCUUCUGUGCUUUCUGGGGCCGUUAGCAGCACCCUGAGCUCCCUGCCGCCAGUCAGCUGGAAGGUUUAGCGUGAGGCGCUUCUCUCAGCACCAAUUAUGACAGUGGCCACCGGAGACCCCGCAGACGAGGCUGCUGCCCUCCCUGGGCACCCGCAGGACACCUAUGACCCAGAGGCAGACCACGAGUGCUGUGAGAGGGUGGUGAUCAACAUCUCAGGGCUGCGGUUUGAGACCCAGCUAAAGACCUUAGCCCAGUUUCCAGAGACCCUCUUAGGGGACCCAAAGAAGAGAAUGAGAUACUUUGACCCUCUCCGAAACGAGUACUUUUUCGAUCGGAACCGCCCCAGCUUCGAUGCCAUUUUAUACUACUACCAGUCUGGGGGCCGGUUGAGGCGGCCUGUGAAUGUGCCCUUAGAUAUAUUCUCGGAAGAAAUCCGGUUUUAUGAGCUGGGUGAAGAAGCAAUGGAGAUGUUUCGGGAAGAUGAAGGCUACAUCAAGGAGGAAGAACGGCCUCUGCCUGAAAACGAGUUUCAGAGACAGGUGUGGCUUCUGUUUGAAUACCCAGAAAGCUCAGGGCCUGCUAGGAUUAUAGCUAUUGUGUCUGUCAUGGUGAUUCUGAUCUCAAUCGUCAGCUUCUGUCUGGAAACACUACCCAUCUUCCGAGACGAGAAUGAAGACAUGCAUAGUGGCGGGGUGACCUUCCACACCUACUCCAACAGCACCGUUGGGUACCAACAGUCCACUUCCUUCACUGACCCUUUCUUCAUCGUAGAGACUCUCUGUAUCAUCUGGUUCUCCUUUGAGUUCUUGGUGAGGUUCUUUGCCUGCCCCAGCAAAGCCGGCUUCUUCACCAACAUCAUGAACAUCAUUGACAUUGUGGCCAUCAUCCCUUACUUCAUCACCCUGGGGACAGAGCUGGCCGAGAAGCCAGAGGACGCUCAGCAGGGCCAGCAGGCCAUGUCACUGGCCAUCCUCCGUGUCAUCCGGUUGGUAAGAGUCUUUAGGAUUUUCAAGUUGUCCAGACACUCCAAAGGUCUCCAGAUCCUAGGGCAGACCCUCAAAGCCAGCAUGAGAGAAUUGGGCCUCCUGAUAUUCUUCCUCUUCAUCGGGGUCAUCCUUUUCUCUAGUGCUGUCUAUUUUGCUGAGGCCGAUGAGCGUGACUCCCAGUUCCCCAGCAUCCCGGAUGCCUUCUGGUGGGCAGUCGUCUCCAUGACAACUGUAGGCUAUGGAGACAUGGUUCCAACUACCAUUGGGGGGAAGAUAGUGGGUUCCCUCUGUGCAAUUGCAGGUGUGUUAACCAUUGCCUUACCGGUCCCUGUCAUUGUGUCCAAUUUCAACUACUUCUACCACCGGGAGACGGAGGGAGAGGAACAGGCCCAGUACUUGCAAGUGACAAGCUGUCCAAAGAUCCCAUCCUCCCCUGACCUAAAGAAAAGUAGAAGUGCCUCUACCAUUAGUAAGUCUGAUUAUAUGGAGAUCCAGGAGGGGGUAAACAACAGUAACGAGGACUUUAGAGAGGAAAACUUGAAGACAGCCAACUGCACCUUGGCUAACACAAACUAUGUGAACAUUACCAAAAUGCUGACUGAUGUCUGACUGAAACCUAGUUACAUACUCACAGCCCGAUGGAACUAAUGCAGAUGUUGCAUAAUAACCUGCAUUGUAGUCAGUGUGUUCUACAGUGUGUAUCCGGUUCUGCAUGGAAAGCAGUAGUCGUGCAAGUGA